AUGAAGACCUCCCUUGUCCUCGCCUGCGCUACCGUGGGCUUCGGUUUGGCCGCUGCCACCACCCAAGAUGCGCCUGAGACCACCAACAACCCCGUCGGCGUCGUCUACAAGGCCGAGUUUCCCGAUAGAGACAGCACCGAUAUCAGAGGAACCGUCUCUGCCACCGCUCACAGCUCCGGCAGAGGCGUCGUUUUCGAGUUCGACCUCACUGGCUUCGACGAGGAAAAUGGACCUUUCCCAUACCACAUCCACGUCGACCCCGUCCCAGCAAAUGGCAGCUGCACCGCGACUCUCGACCACCUUGAUCCCUUUGGUCGUGGCCAGAAGCCUCCAUGCGAUACCCCCAACCCUGAGACCUGCGAGCCAGGCGACCUCAGCGGCAAACACGGCAAAAUAGAUGUCUCCGGCGAUGAGCACUUCAUGGCCAAGUACCACGAACUCUACGUCGCUACCCAGCAAGGCCUAGGCACUUUCUUCGGAAACCGUUCCAUUGUCAUCCACGCUAAGAACGGUACGCGCCUUACCUGCGCUAACUUCGCUCUCGUCGACCAUUCAGGCUGCUCUACCGGUACCAUGCCACGUCCUACCGGCACUGGUGUCAUGUCUACUCGUAUCCCCACUGGUACCGGCAUUGGUGGUGGCCACAUGCCUAUGGUCUCUGCCACCUACACUCCCACUGCUACUCCUUCCUCUCUUCCAGACCAGUCUAACGGAGCAGGACGUCUCGCUGGGUUCUCCCUCGGUGCCAUCAUGGCUGCCUUGGUUCCUUUGGCUUUGUAA